CCUUCGCAUCCCUUCUUCUACUGCAGGGAGUCGCUUGUUCUCCCUAUCGCAAGAUUUGAUGAGCACAGCAACGCCGGGCGAUAGCAAGUCCCGACGGCUUCUGAUUCGAGCUCCAGUCUUGGGACUUUGUAAGUUCCGACGAUAGGAUGUUAUAAGGACGCAGCUCCAGCUCUGCAAGGUACAGUGAAACAACUCGCCCAAACAGUUUUCCACCAUAAUUUGAUCAUCUCACGUCAACAAUGUCGAAAUCACCAAACGUUCUCAUCUCAGGCUUUGGCAUAGCAGCCAGUGUCUAUGCAUCCACACUUCUCCGCGCUUACCCAAAUGCUACCAUCACAAUCGUCGAACGCGAUCCCGAAAUACGACUCACGGGUGCUAGCGUCGACAUCCGCAGCUCGGCCGUUGAAAUAAUAAAAUGGAUGGGCUGCGAAUCAGAAAUUCGAGACAAAACCACAAAGGAAGAAGGAGUGGAAAUGGUCGAUGAGAAUGGCAAGUCUUUCGCUAAGCUCAUGGCGACAGGCAAUUCUGAAGUCCAAAGUAUCACUUCCGAGUACGAGAUUUUCAGAGGUGAUCUCGCGAGGAUUUUCAUCAGGCCUAUCAAGGAUAAGGUCAACAUGAUCUUCAAUGAGACUGUGGAAAGUUACGUGCAGGACGAGGACAGUGUUACUGUCACUUUCGCAAACAGUCAGGAAGUCAAGUCUUAUGAUCUUCUCGUCGCUGCCGAUGGUCUUGGUUCUAGGAUACGUGGAAUGAUGCUCGGCACAAAACCCUCGGAACAGGUCCACGAUGAAGGCGCUUACGCAUCGUUCUUCGUCAUUGAAAAGGAUCUUCUCAAUGGAUCGAAACUCGCUCAGUGGUACAGUACGACGGGUGGGCGCGCCAUUUUCCUCCGCCCUGAUCCCGACCCGCGAGGUCGCACAAGAGGACACUUCAUGAACACGGCAUGGGCAAGCGACGUUGAAGGAAGAGCCAAGAUCAACGCCGCCUUACGAGGAGGCAACGAAACAUACAUGCAAUAUGUUGAGAAGGAAUUCGCCAAUGUUGGCUGGCUGGCACCGGAAGUCCUCAAAGCAAUGCGCGAAACCACCGACUUCUACUGCUCCAAGUUCGCCCAAGUCCGCUCUCCUCGCAUUCAAGAUGGAAGAGUAGUUCUGCUCGGUGAUGCUGGCUUCGCAUGUCCAGGCAUCGGCACUAGUCUCGCUAUCAUGGGCGGUCAUGUCCUAGCGGGCGAACUUCUGCUCCACAACAACGAUGUCAAGUCUGCCACAAAAGCUUACGAGGAAUUGAUGCUGCCUUUUGCAAAGGCUCAGCAGAGCACGAUGGGCGACUACGCGAUGCAAGUGUUGAAUCCGCAGACUGCCUGGGGACUGUGGAUCCGUAACACCAUCUUGUGGGCCUUGACAAAAUUCAAGGUGGACAAGAUAGGUGUCUGGGUUGCUGGCAAGUUGGGUGUCAAGGAGCCGAGACUGAGGAUGCCUGAUUACCCUUGGCCUGCGCUGAAGGCUGAAUGAAUUUUGGGUGGAAGAUUGAUCGACCUUGCAUGAGUGAGUUUCUUGACGAAACAGUGGUUUGUUAGACUACGCAAUCGUUGAAUACGAACCCAAGCUCCUACGUCUUUGUACUCGCCUACAAUGCCUGAGGUUUAGAAUGGUCAAUGUGUACGAGUAGUACGAGUGAGCCGAUCUUAUCAAUCUUAGUUGACCCUGAACCGGCCUAGCAUGGUCAGCCUUGGCACUUCACAGAACACCGAAGGGUCAAAUCUUGCGACACCACUCCACUUCCCUUAUAGGCUCUACUCUUUAACCAGAUUAUAAUGCAGCUCUAAGAGUUCAACACUAAUUCAUACUUGCCUACCCAUACAAUAUUCCCGACUUGCUUCCGGCUUCGUUCAGACAUUGAAUCAGAUCUACUGACCUGUACCAACAUAGCUUUGCUAUACGCACCCUCUUGAAGCAAAAGAUCAACCACCAGCGUCCAUCUAUCCCAAUACUUUCGAAUCGCAUCC